UACGAGGAAAUAUCUGUUCCUGUCCGAGGCCUGUUGAUUACCGAUGCGUUAUCAGACGAUGCGUUCAUAUUGAUAAGAUUAAUAUGGGCAUAAAUAUCAGGCUUUAAGAUAUAGAAUGUUCAGUACAUUUGCAUUGGGUGCCGGUUUACAUUGUCUUAAUGUGUUUGUUGUCGCGAAACUAUUUCUUCUGCGCGUAUCGCUGUUGCAUCUCUACGUUAUCUAGCUAGAAACGCGUGAUUGCUCGUUAAUUAUGUCGGCGCAAGUGAAGUUUGGAUGAUUCUUUAUUUGCUUAUAAAUAGAUGUGACAUCAUGGACUCUUACUCGUUCUUACUCUUAUUGGGAUAUUUAUACUUUUGCAUUGCGAUAAAUCCAAUCGAGAACUCAGAUUGGGUCGCGAGAUUUCCCGAGAUUUCGGAAAGAUACGCAUCUCUAGAUAAUUGUACGCAAUGUGACGUCAAGCAAGACUCGUCGUGCUCCUGCUUCCGUUAUGGUGAUAAGUGUGCAAUUUGCUGUUAUAGCGUUUCAUGCUGUGUCUGCGCGGAUUGUGGUAUGUGCCGGUAUACGCAGCAGCAACUGAUAUUAAUGACGCAAAUCGGUAUUUCCAUACUGUUCGGAUUCGGUAUCGUCGGCCUGAUCGUAGUUUACUGCAAAAUAUGCAACAGGACGAGGCAGGUUGCACGAGAACGCAGAAGGUUGCGCGUCGUGUUGCACGAGGAGCGUGACUUGGUGACGCAGUGCAGCACCAUCAUCGAGGGCCUACGGGACAGACCGCCUUCGUACAACGAGGUCAUCCGCAAUGCUUCGCCCGUCUACCCAUCUUCCUGCGCUCCUCCUCUCUAUUCGUCUCCGUACAACAGAGCGUCCAUGCAGGAAGCUCCGCCAUCGUAUCCGGGAACGCCGAAACCGCAGGAAAAAUCGCGAGACUCCGACGAACUCCCUUCUUCGCUUCCCGUUGCUCAGCACAUGUAAUAAUAACUCUUACAGACAAUCGUCCAUCUGCGUGUACAUACAUUAUGUAUGCCACUCGAAUAAAACGUAAUCUGUAGAUUUAUUUAAGAAAAAGUCGUGCGGUGCUACGGGUAUUCGUUUGUAUUAGACUCCGAAAGUCUCGAUCUUCCAAAAUCUUUUCUAGAUUUUACCGAAUUCGUCUGGUCGUGAUACA